AUGGGUUUCGUCACUGCUGGUCAGUGUGUCGGUCAGCGCGCGUGCGGUGCGGUCGCGUCGUUGGAUGGCUCUGCCGGUCGUCGUUGUGCUGCUGCUGGAUGUCAGCUUUCGACCUGGUCCAUUGGCGUGGAGUCAGCGGGGAUAGCGAUCCUCUGGAAACCCAGCGGGAGCUUACUAUGGUCUGCUGCCGCUGCUGCUGCUGCUUGUGGGGACCAUCUGCUGCUGCUGUUGCCUUCUGGACGGCCCCUGUUUCUCGCUGAGCAGUACUUGCAGCAGGGCGGCUGUUGUGUUGGUCAGCGCACGGCUGUCCUUGAGCCAUCGGACAGUGGGAUGAGCAGAUGA